UUCAAAACCUUUCAUGAGUCUUUGCGCGGACUGUGGUUUUAGUGAUCGUGAGCUGCACCCCUACUCUUAAGCCUCGGCCUGUUGUGCUCAGCUUACCAAAGCUUAAUUCUGAGCAAACUGGCUUCUUCACCUGAUGACAACAACAGUCCACAGGAUUGCCAUCCAUGGUUUCUGCCCUAAUCAAGACUGUAUCAUCCUAUAUUGAAAAGAUUUGCAAAGGAAUGUUUACAAAGAAAUUGGCAAAUCAGAUAAAGAAGAAAGAAAGAAGCGACAACAAAGAGCCCAAAUUGACCACAGAUUCACAAGCACACAACCCAAAUAUAUCUACCACUCUGAAGACAACGGUCAAAAAGAUAUCCAAAUGCUCUUCGGCACGUAACAUAUCGCUUGAAGAGGACGACGGAACAAACGACUGCUCCUCUCUGUCACCGACUUUCAGUUAUCGUGUAGCUAUAGCAAAUGGACUCCCUAAAAACUCUAUUUUUUUGAAUAAUAAUGAAAGUAUCUUUCCAGAGGUUCAUUCGAUUGACAGUACCUACUCAGACUUUUUGAGUGAGACAAAACCUGUCCGGAGACUGCAUGAGCAUAAAUCACACACUAUGCCUGUAAGACGAAACAGGAAGAGCCUCAUCAGUUUGGCUCCUUCUGAUGGCAGUUCUGAGGGUGAACGAGUGGAACGCUCCAGUUUACAAACACUGAGACUGGGUGCUCUACGCAAGUUGAGAAAAUGGAAAAAGAGCCAGGAAUGUGUCUCUUCCGACUCCGAGGUGAGCAAUUGGAGGAAAACCCUGGGAAUCCGCAGCAAAUCCUUGGACCGUGCUGGACGGCAGCAAAAAAGCUCAACCUUGGAACCUGGUUCCUCAUCCACAGGUUGCAUAAGUCAGACCCAGGAUGUGAUGGAAAUGAUUUUCAAGGAGCUUCAGGGAAUCAGCCAGAUAGAAACAGAAUUGUCUGAGCUUCGUGGUCAUGUAAAUGCCCUAAAGAGCUCCAUUGAUGAAAUCUCCAGCAGUGUUGAAGUAGUACAGAGUGAAAUUGAGCAGCUUCGAUCAGGAUUUGUCCAGUCUAGAAGAGAAACACGUGAUAUUCAUGACUACAUAAAACAAAUUAGCCACCAAGCCAAUAAUUCAACCUUGCGAUUCCUCAAUGUUCCUGAAGAAAGGUUAGAGAAAACAGAGAGUCUAAUAUAUAAAUUACUUAAAGAAAAAAUGGGCUUUGUAGAUGCCCAUAAAACAAUUAAAAUUGAACUGGCUCAUAGGUUAGGGCAGCAAAGAGAAUGUUCUAAUGCAAAACCUCGUCCUAUCAUUGUUAUUUUUGCAACACCCCAAGAUAGGGAUAUAGUCUUGAAAAAAUGCUACAAACUUAAAGGAACAGGCAUUACCGUCUCUACUGAUAGCCUAACUCAUGAUGGAAAAGAGAGAAAAGACAAAUCAAUGUCAUCCUCACAAACAUAUGAAAGCAUGGACAUAAAGGUAUCAGGAAAGGAUAAAGUAGUGGAGAGUGAUGAUUGGGACUCAAUGGACAGUGAUAAAGAACUUGAUGAAUUGAGCAGAAAUAAAUAUGCAAUGGUCAUUUCAAAGCCUGCUCAUAAGACCAAAUCAGAGAAGAGGAGGUCCCAUGACCAUGCCCGGUCAGGAGAUGAAGCAGGCUUCUCAGGCACUGUUCACUAUGCUGAUGACUCUUACUAUGAUUCAGACAAGCAUGCAAAGGCUUACUACUCUGAUUUGACCCCAGGCUGGCUCUCCCAGAGUGACUAUUCAACCCCAAAACUUAGUCGUUCUGAGUCUGACUGCUCAAAACUUUGCCAGUCAUACUCAGAAGAUUUUUCAGAGAGUCAGUACUUUACACGCGCAAAUGGCUGCUCCUUGCUGUCCUCCUCAGAUCAGGAACUGUGGCAGAGAAAGCAAGAGGACAUGGCUUCUUCUUGGUAUGCAAGCUCCAGUCUCCCUCUCGGCCAUGAUAAUCAAACUUAUGAGCAUAAUGAGGCUGAAACUACAGAAACUGUUGAUAGUGGGGUUAGCAAUGGACUUAUCUGCAUGUCUGGGGAUAGAAGCCACUACAGUGGCUCUCAGCUGUCUUUACAGGGUGACCUAUCACCAUGGAAAGACUGGCAUCAACUGGAACAGGGGGCAGAUUCUGGCUUGGAAGCCUCAAUAGAAGUUAGCAGCCCUUUUGACCCGUCAACCAUCCCUGGUUUUCCAGAGAAGAUCACUAAAUGUCAAGAGGUUGAUUUGCAGUUUGAGGGUGAUGAGGAGUUCAUGAUGCUUGAUAGAGAACCCUCCUUGCCUCCUAUAACCACCCACAUUAUUCCUCCUGUAACAGAACGAGAAUCUGUCAAGCCUUCUGCUCGGCAGUCAAAAGAAGAUGUAAGAUCUAAGAUAAUCACAAAAGAAAACACAAAGGUGUCAUCCAAAGAUGUCCCUAAAUCAACAACUAAAGUGGGACAUAAACAAAGUAAAUCUGCUCCUAAAGAUGAACCCCCCAAAAUAAUACCAAAGGAAAGUCCCAAGGUAUCUGCAAAGAUCUCGCCAAAGGUGACAUCUAAAGCAAUCCCUAAAGACUUACCUAAAGAGAUAUCAAAAUCAAUAGUUAAAGAGAGCUCUAAAGCAAUCCCUAAAGACUUACCUAAAGAGAUAUCAAAAUCAAUAGUUAAAGAGAGCUCUAAAGCCAUUCCUAAAGACAGUCCUAAAGUCACACAAAAAGAAACCACAAAGCCCAUUGUUAAGGAAGUGUCCAAAGUAACAGCCAAAGUAAGUUCGAAUGAUGCUGUUAGGGUCACUGCUAAAGUCACCCCAAAAGACAGUCCUAUAGUGACUCCCAGGGAUAGUCCCAAAGACUCACCUAAAGAGAGCCCUAAAAUAACCCCAUUUGACACCCCUGUCUUAACCCCUGACUCAACCCCUAAAGAGUCUCCAAAAGAGUCUCCAAAAGAGUCUCCUAAAGACUCUCCUAAAGUAAUUGCUAAAGAACCCUUACAAGUUGCAUCUAAAGAAAGUGUAAAAGUUGCCAUGAAAGAGGUUACCAAAGAACCUUCAAAUGUCCUCUCAAAAGAAGUCCCAAAAGAGAUUCCUAAAGAAGGACCUAAAGAGAUGGGGGCAAAAGAAGUUUCGAGGAUUGCACCUAAAGAACCUCCAAAAGUAGCCCCUGCAGAGAGCCCCAAAGUGACUCCCAAAGAGGCCCCUAAAGUUGCUCCAGCAGAAGCCUCCAAAGAAGUAACUAAGAUAACUUCUAAAGAUGUCACUAAGGAUACUCCAAAAAUGGGUCCCAAAGAAAAAUUCCCUGAACUGGAUGUUAAUCAUAGCUUUCACCAGGCCCCGAGCAAAUCUUCAAGCAUGUACCGCAGCCAGAGUGAGAUUCGAACAGAAAAAGUUGAAGAGGUUCCAAAGUCUUGGAGCAGUAGACUUAGUAUUGAUCUUAGUGAGAAGUCCUUUGGUUUUGGCUUUGGUUCCACUCUUCAGAGAGCCAAAUCAGCUCUUGAGGUUGUUUUGAAGUCUGGCUCACAGACUACCCCUGCUCCUCCGGAGGAAACAACCAAUUCAUCUUCCUCAUUUAUGGGACGUUUCCGCACCAUGUCCACGUCCUCUACAAAUAAUUCUGGUACUGCAGCAGACGAAGAUGUCCAUCAAGAGCCUGUCUUUUAUAAGGCAGAAGAAGAGAAAACAGCAGAAAUUGAAGAACAACCAGUUGAUAGUGAAACCGACUAUGUAGAAGUAAUGGAGCAGGUACUCGCUAACCUGGAGAACAGGACUAAUGCUAAUGACACUGAAGAGACAGAUGAUCUUGCACAAGAGUGUGAGACUUCUCAGGAUUAUGAUGUGUCUGAUGAGAUUGAGACCUCUCAAGACAAUGAUGCCUUUCAGGAUAUUGAGGCUUCUCAAGAUUUUGAAGCCCCUGUUGAAGAUGAUGAUAUGAGUACAGAGCCAAAGGUUCUGGAGUAUGAUUGCAGUUUGGAUGAGCAGUAUGAUGAAGAAUAUGGUGACGACUAUGAAACCCAACUCACUGAGGACAAUGCUGGCUAUGAUGCAAUGGUCGAAUAUGUUGAUGUUGAAGAACCGGAUGAGACAGAAGAAAAUGACGUGACAGAAGAGAUGGAGGAGGGUGAUGAGGAAUUAGAUGAGGUAGAGGAGAUUCCAGAGGAAGCUGUUGAGGUCUCUGAAAAGGUGAAACUGAAAGAGGAGGAUGAAAACAAAAAUGUUCCAGAGGAGAAGCCUGUGGAGGCACCACCCAAGAAGCGUGUUCGACCCACAUUCAAGGAGGCAGCACUGAGAGCCUACAGGAAACAGAUGGCUGAACUUGAGCAGCAAAUUCUGGCCGGAGACACCAGUGCUUUGGAUACCCAGCCUCGCAGUAUUUUGGAUCCCAAAAUCCUCGGUUUGCAGACUGGAGGGGCUGGCAGCAUUCUUUAUGGUAUUGACAGCAUGCCAGAUUUACGCCGCAAGAGGACAGUGCCUCUUGUCCGAGACCUGGCAGGCAUCUCGUUCGCUCUAGUGAACCGGUCCACCCUAAAUAACGAGGAACUGAAACUCCACGUCUUCAAGAAGACUCUCCAGGCCCUGAUCUACCCGAUUUCAUCCACAACCCCCCACAACUUCGAGGUGUGGACGGCGACGGCGCCCACCUACUGCCAUGAGUGCGAGGGUCUCCUGUGGGGCAUCGCGCGCCAGGGCAUGCGCUGCUCAGAGUGUGGAGUUAAAUGUCACGAGAAGUGCCAGGACCUGCUCAACGCAGACUGUUUACAAAGGGCCGUGGAGAAGAGCUCUAAGCACGGCGCAGAAGACAAGACCCAGAACAUCAUCAUGGCGAUGAAGGAGCGCAUGAAGAUAAGGGAGAAGAACCGUCCGGAAGUGUUCGAGGUGAUCCAGGAGAUGUUCCAGAUCUCCAAAGAAGACUUUGCCACCCACCUGAAAACAGCCAAGCAGGCCGUGCUGGACGGGACGUCCAAGUGGUCCGCCAAAAUCAGCAUAAUAGUCAUGAGUGCUCAGGGCUUACAGGCCAAGGAUAAAACCGGCUCCAGUGACCCGUACGUCACCGUCCAGGUGGGCAAGACCAAACGCAGGACCAAGACCAUCUUUGGAAACCUCAACCCUGUCUGGAAUGAGAAGUUCUUCUUCGAAUGCCACAAUGCCACCGACCGCAUAAAGGUGCGCGUCUGGGACGAGGACGACGACAUCAAGUCCCGGGUGAAGCAGCACUUCAAGCGCGAGUCGGACGACUUCCUGGGCCAGACCAUCAUCGAGGUUCGCACGCUCAGCGGAGAGAUGGACGUCUGGUACAAUCUGGAUAAAAGAACCGACAAGUCUGCGGUAUCUGGUGCCAUCAGACUCAAGAUCAGUGUUGAGAUGAAAGGGGAGGAGAACGUGGUUCCUCCUCACGGCCAGUACACUUGUCUACACGAGAACCUGUUCCACUACUUGACCGAGGAGAAGAGCAACGGCGUGGUGAAGAUCCCGCAGGUGAAAGGGGACGACGCGUGGAAGGUCUACUAUGACGACGUGUCCCAGGAGAUAGUGGAUGAAUUCGCCAUGCGAUACGGAGUGGAGUCCAUCUAUCAGGCCAUGACGCAUUUCUCGUGUCUAUCUGCCAAAUACAUGUGCCCCGGGGUCCCGGCAGUGAUGAGCAACCUGCUGGCUAAUAUCAACGCUUACUUUGCUCACACGACUACAACCACAACAACCACUGCCUCCGCCUCCGACAGAUUUGCCGCCUCCAACUUUGGGAGGGAGAAAUUUGUGAAAUUGCUGGACCAGCUGCAUAACUCAUUGAGGAUUGACCUUUCUAAAUACCGGGAUAAUUUUCCUGCAGGAAAUCCUGAGCGUCUUCAGGACCUGAAGUCCACCGUUGACCUGCUGACGAGCAUCACAUUCUUCAGGAUGAAGGUGCAAGAGCUGCAGAGUCCGCCCAGAGCCAGCAUGGUGGUCAAGGACUGCGUGAAAGCCUGUCUGGAUUCAACAUACAAAUACAUUUUUGACAACUGUCAUGAACUGUACAACCAGCUUCUUGAUCAGAGCCGGAAGCAGGAUCUUCCCAGAGAGGAACAAGGUCCAUCCAUAAAGAACCUGGACUUCUGGCCAAAACUCAUCACUCUCAUGGUGUCAGUAAUCGACGAGGACCGUACAGCCUACACCCCAGUCAUUAACCAGUUUCCACAGGAGGUGAGUGUGGGCAAGAUCAGUGCAGAGAUCACGUGGAGCCUCUUCGCCCUGGACAUGAAGUAUGCAAUGGAAGAGCACGAUAAGCACCGGCUAUGCAAAAGCACCGAAUACAUGAAUCUUCACUUCAAAGUCAAAUGGUUCCAUAAUGAGUAUGUCCGUGACAUACCGGCCUUCAAGGAUGUAUCACCUGAGUAUUCUCUGUGGUUUGAGCCGUUUGUCAUUCAGUGGCUUGAUGAGAAUGAGGAUGUUGCCAUGGAUUUCCUUAAUGGAGCACUUGGAAGAGACAAAAAAGAUGGCUUCCAGCAGACCUCAGAGCACGCCCUGUUCUCCUGCUCCGUGGUGGACGUGUUCACUCAGUUGAACCAGAGUUUUGAGAUUAUCAAGAAGCUGGAAUGCCCGAACCCACAGGCUCUGGCUCACUUCAUGUGCCGCUUCGCAAAGACUAUCAACAAAGUUCUUCUGCAAUAUGCUGCAAUCAUUUCCAAGGACUUUCCAUUGUAUUUGAAUAAAGAGAAUGUGCCCUGCAUCAUCCUCAACAACAUCCAGCAGCUCCGCGUCCAGCUGGAGAAGAUGUUUGAGUCCAUGGGCGGCAAACAGCUGGACGCUGAAGCCGGCGACCUGCUGAAGGAGCUGCAGAAUAAGCUCAACACAGUUCUGGAUGAACUAAGCGGAGUGUUCGGCUCCAGUUUCCAACCUGUGAUCGAGGACUGCGUGAAGCAGAUGAACCAGGAGCUGGUUCAGAUGAAAGGCUCGGCCAAAGGGAGCAACGCUGCCAUGGAUGCAGAGAGCGUCCUCCGACCUCUCAUGGAGCUUCUUGAUAAAAAUCUGAUGUUAUUUGCCAAGAUCUGCGAGAAGACAGUGCUAAAGCGAGUCCUCAAAGAGCUAUGGAAGAUUGUGCUGAACACCAUCGAGAGAACGAUUGUUCUGCCUCCGCUGAGUGACCAGAGCCAGCAAGGAGCGCAGAUGAUCUUCAGCGCUGCCAAGGACCUGGGACAGCUGUCCAAACUGAAGGAGCAUGUCACUCGAGAGGAAGCCAGGAGUCUGACCCCACGCCAGUGUGCUGCCAUGGACCUCGUGCUUCCUACUAUCAAGCAAUACUUCCAUGCGGGAGGAAAUGGGCUGAAGAAAACCUUCCUGGAGAAGAGCCCUGAUAUGAAGUCCCUCAAGUAUGCUCUCAGCCUUUACACUCAACCUACAGAUGCCUUGAUCAAGAAAUAUAUAUGCACCCAAACUUCUCAAGCUCAGUCAUCCAAUGGAACAGUGGGGGAGGCGUCAAUGCAAGUGAAUCUCAUCUCUCACCCUGGCACAGGAGAGCACAAAGUCAGCGUGAAGGUGGUUGAAGUGAACAACCUCAACUGGCAGACCAACGCCAUGUUCCGGCCAUUUGUUGAGGUCAACGCCGUCGGUCCACACUUAACCGACAAGAAGCGCAAAUUCAGCACCAAGACCAAGAAUAACAACUGGUCACCAAAGUACAACGAAACAUUCCAGUACGUUCUGAGCAACGAACACGGCCCAGAAGCCUACGAGCUGCACAUCUCAGUGAAAGACUACUGCUUCGCCCGCGAGGACCGCGUCAUCGGCAUGUCGGUCAUCCAGCUCCGAGAGCUGGCGGACAAGGGCAGCUGCUCGGCCUGCUACCCGCUGGUGAAGAGCAUCUCCAUGGACGAAACGGGCCUCACCAUCACCAGGAUACUCUCCCAAAGGACCCACGACGAAGUGGCCAAAGAGUUUGUGCGUCUCAAGACGGACACGCGUUCGGCGGAGGAAGUGUCAUAAUGUGGAGCAAAAAAAAUGCAGUAUUGAGUCUGUCGUCGUCAGUCAGAGACAGAGAGCAAGCGAUGGGGGAAGAUUGAGCUGUAGCAACAGUUGUUAGUUUGGGAUAAACGCUGGGAACAGCAUCAGAAUCAGAUUGUCCAAAGAUGAGCAAAGGAGGCCCGGACAUGGCGAGGCAGCAAGAGUGAGAGAGAGAGAGAGUUGUGUUUGUUUGUUUGUUUGUUUUUGUGCAUGUGCGUAAAACAUCUGUUGGAAUGUUCAUUUUAAAACUACAGUAUGUACAAGUGUUUACUUACCGUAUGCUUACUAUUAAGUACUAUAUUCUACGAGUUAUGUUAAUGAGACAUGAUACCUUUUGUACAACAUUUAGUCUUUUUGAACAGAGAUUUGUUCCAAUGAAGUGCCAAACCAGUGAAAAAAAAAGAAAAAGAACAACAUCAACGUAUAUGAAUUAUGGUGAAGUUAGUAUGUUGAAAUCUGCUCGAUUAUUUUGUCCGGUGUUAGUCAUUUUCUGACUGUGUGGCGUUUUGAUUGUUGCAAAGUCGUUCAUUUUGCACCCUCGUUUUUUGGCUUCAUGUUCUUCCACACGGCACUGUUGUGCAUGUCCUCUUCUCGGUCAUGUCUCUCCCUCGGUUCCUCAGUGACCGCUGAGCAGGCUCCUGUCCCCCUUGCCUUCAAACACUUUGUAUUUUAAGUCAACCUGAAAACAGACCAUGUUUUUUUAAACGGCGAUGACUGCUAUGUAAACCUUCAUAGGUGUUUGUAAUUUUAUAACCAUUAAACAAUGACAACAGCCUCCAGUGCUAAAAGUCUUAGCAGAAAGGGUGGAAAUGUUCUCUUUUUCUUAGUUUUUUUGUUUUUUUUUUAAUCCUUAUUCUGUUUUUUAAUUAUUAGCUUCCAGCCUUUCUGAACGACCACUGUGAACAUGAGCUAUGGAAGGUAAGCUUACAUAACAUUGCUGACAGUUUUGACUAUAUUUUUAGUUCAUAUUUUACCCGUACUCCCUUUGUUCCUCAGAAACUGCCAAAGUUGCAUCAGACAUUUGUACUGUCAUAUAUAUAUAUAUAUAUAUAUAUAUAUAUAUAUAUAUAUAUAGUUGAUAUGGUGGUACCUUUAGAUUUUAUCUGUUUUAAUUUCCUGCGAAGCUGUUAUGAAAGUUGCACAUGUUAAUUUAUACAUUCACACUUCUGUCACUGAAAUUAUUUUUCUUCAUAAAGGAAAGAGUCUAACAUUUGGUAAAUAUGCAACAUUCCUAUGUAUUGCACUGAUGGCGAAUUGUAUGUCAUGUAAAUAUAUUUAGUGAGAUAUUGUACAAAAGUCUACUUUUCUUCUAUGUGCAUAAAGUAUGUGCA